AUGAAAAUUCAUCUUCAUCUUCGAUUCAAAAGAGUUAAACCAACACCAAUGCAAUUCUUCAGCUCAAAGUCGCUAUUAUAUAUCAGAAUAAUUGCCCAUUUUGUACUAGCUUACUAUUUAGUCCAAAAUCCGGAGGGACUUGCAUCAGCAGGGUUUGUCAUACUCAUGGGUCAAGCAAUGCAAGUGCCAAUCUUACACUUGAGUUCGAGUAGUCCAGUUUUGGGAAUGUUGGCAGUUCUUGUAUCGACCCAGGCGAUUAGUGAUUUGGUCCCAUUGCUUGCUGAGAAUUGGAACCACUUUGAAACUUUGGUGCCAGUGAGAUUGUUCUUUUACUUUUUAAUCACGGCAUAUGUGUACUUUGUACCAACCAGUAAAAUCAGCAACAGCUUGGUUGCUACAUAUUCCAUGUUUGAGGUCUGGGCAAACUUCCUUAUCUAUAACAAUUUGAGGGAUGAAAAGUAUCACAGGAUGAAGAAGUUUGUAGAGGAGAAUGCCGAUGCUAUAAAGAAAGCACAAGACGACAGGGUGAUAGUUAUCGAAGAUUAG